AAAGCACAUCAUCGUCUUUCGUUUUUGAAGGAAAGAAAGCGGUUGUUCACGGCCAGUCGGGAGAUGUUUCGCUAUUCUUUGACGAAGAUCAUUCCAAGAAGUACGCUGACGUCUCAGCUCAGACCUCUGGCGGUGCGCUCAUCACAGCUUCAACUUGGACUGCAUCAGUACCAGUCUGUAAACCUGAGACUCAAAUCACAGCCAAGCUUCCAGAGCCGUCGUACCGUUAUCACUUCCAACGUUGACUGGAAACCUAUCAAGACCACAGACAAAGAAGAAUGGACAUUAUCCAAGUACAUCUUCCUAUCAUUGUUGAUUUUGAUGCCGGUAAUCUCGUUCAUGUUAGGGACGUGGCAAUUGCGUAGAUUGAAAUGGAAGAACAACCUCAUUGCAUCCUCUGAGGACAGAUUGACUUACGACCCUAUCCCAUUACCAAAGAACUUUGAUCCAGAAGAUGCUGAGGAUUGGCAAUACAGACGUGUUAUAGUCAAGGGUAAAUUUGACCAUUCAAGAGAGGUGUUUGUAGGUCCAAAGAUUAAGAAUGAACAGAAGGGCUAUACGUUGUACACACCGCUUGUCAGAUCAGAUGGAGGUCCUGAUGUGUUGAUCGAAAGAGGAUUCGUCACUGAUAAUCAUGUGAUUCCAGGAACAAGAUCGCUACACCAUUUAUCCGUUCCUAUGCAUGAAGUGGAGGUCGAAUGUAUCAUCAAGAUGAUCAAUCCAAAGCCUAGAAUCACCAUGCAAAAAACCGACCCUGAAUCUAGACUAUGGCACGUCUUGGACUAUAACGAGAUGGCAGAGUUCACAGGGUGUAUCCCACUGCAUCUUGCGGCCCUUGUGGAUCUCAAGGACCAUCCAAUUGAAACUGUCACCGUUACUGAGCCCAAACCGUGGUGGAAAGUUUGGGCCAGUGCAAAGACACACAAGGAAACACACCUGAAGGACAUCAAACCUGAAGAGGUUCAAGAAUUCUCCCAAUAUCAGUUCAUGAACGCUGGUGUCCCAAUUGGAAGAACGGCCACCAUCGAUUUCAGAAAUAACCACUUACAGUACAUUGUCACCUGGUAUGGGUUGUGCUUCGCCUCAUCCAUUCUAUUGUUCAUUGUCCUCAAGAAGAAACCGAAGGACCCAAUGAAGGAUAAACUGAGACAUGCACACAAGUUCAUGUGAAUAGGAGCAACAACAACACCUCGUUCCCAGCAACGGUGGAGUUCACUCUGUAUAUAUAUAAUUCUUACCAGUACACUCAUCGCAGUUCAAUAUGCAACUCUCUGGUUUGUGCCACACAGUAUUCGUAGUUGUAUGGUUGCGCGGAUACGUGAAGGUGUAAACAAAACAAACAACAUCAACAGCUGCUAUAUUGAAAGGUAAACAAGGCUAGAGAAAGGAAGAGAGCAACUAUGUCUAAGAGAGUAUCGAGGGGAUCAACACCGCACAGACUAUCACGGUCAUCCAAUAUCUUACCUUCUCCUGGUAUACACUACGAAAUAGAUCCCACACG